AAUUAAUUACUCAUCUAAAGACUUGAAGAUGCAUGAUGUAUAAUAACAUGUGACUCAUCUUGAUGAAAAGAGACUUUUUCCUGCAAUUAGAGAUACAAUUAGGUUUUUCCCCCGCUUGGGUCUCUUUCAGUGCCCACUGUGUUGUUGACAUGCAUGAUGGUGCACAGGGCGAAGAAUCGGAGUUAUGGGUCAAUAAGAUUCGUCAUCUCGUCCAUUGUUUUGGGGUCACAUCAGUAUUGACAAUUAAUUGCCUGAUCCGUUAAUCACUGGCUAGGCUAGCUGUUAUAGUUUCACCAAUAACCAUGCUAUCUGGGAAUUAGACUCUCUUUUUUAAUGUGGAGAGAUUAUUUCCUGAUCAAUGCUGUGAUAGUGAACAUUACACUUAUUUGAUUUCCUAUGUUAGUCUCUAUUGAUGGGAUUCUGAGGGGACGAGAGUUGUCAUAAGAAUGCGAAUGUCGUAGGAUGUGCACUUGCUUGUGAAUUAAUUGUUUUAUUUUGUUCAACUAUAUAUUAUAUAGAUGAUGAAACAGAUUUGAAGGAUUUGUGAUUUUGCUUUUGAAUAAUGUCUUAGAUUUUGUUACAACAUGUACGUUGUCAUUUCAAAUUGAUAUUUGAUAUAUCAUGACUAUGAUGGGAAACUGUGUCAUGGAUUUUAUGGACUGAGGAAAGUAGUUGAGAUAUAUUAAACAAAAAAAGUGCUGUCUUUCAUCAACAAUGUGAACAUUGAAAAGCAGAAAAUGUGAAAACAGGUUUAUUUAUUUAAUUUCCAAAAAUGAUGCUUAUGGACUCUGGUGUGGUUUGUGAUGGGACUCUGUUACACUGGGGGAAUUUACUCAAGGAACUUAAAGAUGAAAUAGCAGAAGUCUCCAAUGAAAUGGAGACCAUUGAGGUCUCAGAUGAAAGCAAAAACAAUCCGAAGAAUAAGCAAAUGUCCAUUGGGAAGAAGAAAUUCAAUAUGGAUCCAAAGAAGGGCAUUGAAUACUUGAUUGACCACCAGCUCCUUGUCAACGACCAAGAGGAGGUGGCCAAGUUCUUGUACCAGGGCGAGGGACUGAACAAGACGGCCAUAGGGGACUAUCUAGGGGAGAGGAAUGACUUUAACAUCGCUGUCCUAAAGUCAUUUGUGAAUCUGCACGAGUUCUCUGACAUGAUUUUGGUCCAGGCAUUAAGGCAGUUUUUAUGGAGCUUCCGUUUGCCAGGAGAAGCUCAGAAGAUAGACAGAAUGAUGGAAUGCUUCGCCGAGAGAUACUGCGAGCUCAACCCGGGAGUUUUUACCAGUACAGACACCUGUUACGUGUUGUCGUUUGCCAUCAUCAUGUUGAACACUAGUCUCCACAACCCCAGUGUGAAGGAUAAGCCCACUGUGGAGAGGUUCAUAUCCAUGAACCGUGGGAUCAACGACGGUGGUGACCUGCCACCUGAACUUCUAACGAGUUUGUACGAUAGCAUUAAGAAAGAGCCGUUCAAGAUUCCUGAGGAUGACGGCAAUGACUUGAUGCACACAUUCUUCAACCCAGACAAAGAGGGCUGGCUGUGUAAACAAGGGGCCAAAAAACUCAGUGGAAGAAUAAAGAAUUGGAAGAGGAGGUGGUUCAUCCUUAACGACAACUGCUUGUACUACUUCCAGUUCACAACGGAUAAGGAGCCCAAGGGGAUCAUUCCAUUGGAGAAUAUCUCAAUCCGAGAGGUUCCCGUGGACAAGGCUAACAAGCCAUUCAGCUUCGAGCUGUUUGCCACGGGGCAAGACAUUAUUAAAGCCUGCAAGGUUGACAAGGAGGGGAAGGUUGUAGAGGGCAAACACAAUGUUUAUCGAAUGUCCGCAUCCACAACAGAAGAAAAGGAGGAAUGGAUAAGAUGCAUCAAGCAGAGUAUAAGCGAGAAUCCGUUUUACGACAUGUUGGCAGCUAGAAGAAAGAAAGCGGCUCAUGUCAAGUGAAGAGCCCAUUUUCUCAGAUAACUAAACAAAAUACAAAAAAAAUCAAGAGAAAUAACAGGACCCGGCAUAAGAGUUGUGAACUGACAUAUUUCUGUAUGUACUGUUCAAAAGGACCUCCUUGUAAUCACUCCCCACCAUUGUGUACAUACAAACUGGACCAUACUCAGAUCUUGCGUUUUAUUUGCAUUACAUGUAUUUUUGUAAACUAGUAAUAUUUGGUUAUCUUUCACUUUAAUUCUUCUAAUGUUUGUAACUAGGAAAGGAAAAAAGAAAUUGUAUUCCAUAGAAAUUAUUUAAUCAUAUUAUUGGUUAAUCUUUUGCUUUAAUCCUUUUAAUGCUUUUUACUAAGAAGAGAAAAAAAGAGAUCAUUAAACCAAAAUUAUUUAGUAAUUCUUCAUUUUCUCCUUUUCUUUCAGUAAAUAUGUUUUCUUGUAAGUAUUUUAUGGGGGGGGGGUUGAUUUUUUCUCAAUGUACAUGUGUUUUUCCAUGAAAUUAUUUUGAAAUUGGAUUUGUAUUGGUUAUUUUUUAACUGCUCUAUACUUUUAAGCACAGUUGAAGUUAUCCUGGGUAUGCAUAUUUUUUUCUCACAUAUUUAUUGAAAUAUUCAACCAUAAACAAUGCUCAUAUUGAGAAGCAACUUAAAAUUACAUGUAUAACAUCACUGAAAUAUUGAUUGUGCCAUGAUGAUAUUUCUUGAAUAGAUGGGAAAAGUUAUUAUUUAUGGGGGGGUUUUUUCCGGGCCGGGGGGGGGGGGGGGGUUCUGAAGACAAAAAAAGAAAAUCCUUUUCAGAGUAAAAAUCUUUUAGAGAUAAUUUAAAUACAUGUAUUUAUUCAGGUUAAUUACCUUUUAAUAAAAAGGUGUCUAAUAUUCCUGUGUUCAGUCAGGGUUGAUACAUGUAUGUACAUUUAUCUUGAUUUAUUUGCCUUACAAAUAUAAUGAUAUUAAUCUGUGAUAUUUCUUAUGUGAACUGGUCCUCUCGUUGGACAAUGUACUAGUCAUGUAAUCACAGCAUUACUCCGCUUUAUAAUGUAAAUAUUCAGUUUUGUUUUAAUAUUCAUGAAUUUUCAUUGUCAUUGAAUGUAUCUGUGUAUUGGAAAUAGAAAUAAUUGAUUAAUAAACAAGAUUGAAAGUUA